AUGGAGAGAGCGCAAGUACGAGGGUCCUACAAGUUUAACUCAUUAAAUUGCGAGGUUGGAUCACCGGAUAUUAUUCCCCAUCAUGAGUGCGGGAUAAAGGCGAUUGAUCGGAAACAUAAUAUGAUCAACAUUGCAGCCUUUAUUAAUAAAACCGUAUCAGAGUUUGCAAUCCAUUUCAAAAUUGUUAAACGAGAGAUUGGCGGUUGGCAUCCCUUUUUGUACGACAUAAAAAUGGACAUUUGCGAGUUCUUUAAGAACCGAAGGAAGUUCUUUAUUUCCAAUCUUAUUUAUUCCUAUUUGGCGGCAUUCACAAAUGUCAAUCACACAUGUCCUUACGUGGCUGGCACAGAGAUGCGACUUUGGAAUUGGACUCCAGACGAAGCUGGAUUUAUAUCAAAAGUUCCAGUUGAUCAUGGCCAGUAUGGUUUGCACUCAAAUUGGUACAUUAAUCAAGUAUUGGCAUUUAAAUUGAAUGGCUCAGUACUAUUUUUUAAAUGA